AUGGCAAGAGGGAAGGUGAAACUUGCAUACAUAAUCAAUAACUCAACCAGGAAGGCAACAUUCAAAAAAAGGAAAAAUGGUAUUAUAAAUAAGAUCAAUGAGCUAAGCACCCUUUGUGGAAUAGAUGCUUGUGCAAUCAUCUAUGGAGAAAACUAUCCUCAAGCAGAGGUUUGGCCAUCUAGGAUUGGAGUAAGAAAUGUAUUAUCCAAAUUCAUGAGUUUGCCUGAACUCGAACGAAGCAAAAAGAUGAUGGAUCUGGAGAGCUUCUUGUCGCAAAGCAUUAUGAAAGCUCAAGACAUGCUGAAGAAACAAGUCGAGGAAAACCAACAGAAGGAAAUGGCUUAUGUUAUAAGUCAGUUUAUUCAUACUGGUGAAUAUAACAUGGAAAAUGUGAGCUCUGAUGAUGUAACUAACCUUUCGACCUUUAUUGAUAUGAAUCUGAAAGAAGUUGAGCAGAGAUUGGAUUCAAUGGAUGUCCAAGACCAAGAGGAGGUUGCAAAUGGUGCUAGAGUUGUUAAUGAAGGAGAUAUGCUGGCUAAUAUGGAUCACGCUAAUGUUCAAGGUUUGGAGACCAACAUCAAUUAUGGUAUGCAUAAUGACGAUCAGUUUUCUAUUAACUUCUCUGAUAUACCAUUUCAUGAUGUUAAUGUCAACCCAAGUAGAUUUUGA